AUGUACCGCUACAACACCAACUUCUACAAAUCUACAACACCAACUUCCACAAUUACAACUACAGAAUCUACAACACCAACUUCUACCGUAACAACUACAGAAUCUACAACACCAACUUCCACCGUAACAACUACAGAAUCUACAACACCAACAUCUACCGUAACAACUACUGAAUCUACAACACCAACUUCUACCGUAACAACUCCAGAAUCUACAACACCAACUUCUACGGUAACAACUAAAGAAUCUACAACACCAACGUCUACCGUAACAACUACAGACUCUACAACACCAACAUCGACCGUAACAGCUACAGAAUCUACAACACCAACAUCUACCGUAACAACUACAGAAUCUACAACACCAACUUCUACGGUAACAACUACAGUAUCUACAACACCAACAUCUACCGUAACAACUACUGAAUCUACAACACCAACUUCUACCGUAACAACUACAGAAUCUACAACACCAACUUCUACAAUUACAACUACAGAAUCUACAACACCAACGUCUACCGUAACAACUACAGAAUCUUCCACCGUAACAACUACAGAAUCUACAACACCAACAUCUACCGAAACAACUACAGAAUCUACAACACCAACUUCUACGGUAACAACCACAGAAUCUACAACACCAACUUCUACCGUAACAACUACAGAAUCUACAACACCAACUUCUACGGUAACAACCACAGAAUCUACAACACCAACAAUCUACAUCACCAACUUCUACGGUAACAACUACAGAAUCUACAACACCAACUUCUACCGUAAUCACUACAAAUUCUAUAACGUCUACUACACCUUCACACCAUCACCAUAA